GCUCCCUGAUAAGUGAGUGUAUCGUCUCCUAGAGAGUGACUUUGGCCCAGAAUAAGAGGAGAGGUUCGCUCUCCGCUCUGGAGGCAGCCUGGCUGCGCAGAACACGCCACUACACUCCGAUCGUUUGCCGACUCGCUCACUAGUUCUGGGCAUCUGUUUACAUUGAUGUGCUGAGAAGCGCCACAGGGGGGCGCCAGUCGCUCGCAGGGGAGAACCAGGAGGGACCGGUUCACAUCAAAUACCGACGGAGCGGUGACAGACAGUCGCUCGCGCCGGACGAGGUAAGUGCGCUGUCGUGGAGCUCCACCUGCCUACAGUGAGAGUGGCGCUCUUUGGCUGGUCGGUCCACUUCUGCUGGUCCCGGUUCGGACGCGAAGGGAUGCGCAAACUCACUGCUAGCUAGCACAACAACAACACCAGCGCUGGAGGGAAAAAAGACGGCGGUUAGACGAGCGCUACCUUCGGUGGGAGCGACGGUCCACUCGUCAGCACUCCGAACACGGCGGGAGGAGCAUCGCGGAGGUUCGGCUGGGGUCGCGUUCACGAGGCGGCUUGCAUGAAUGUGGGGCAGAAGCGGAGUUGCAGCUGCGGAGAGUGAAGCGGCUCAGCAACCGGGAACCGUUCAAGUCUUCUUCGGCUGUUUGGGCUUCGCCCCGAUUUCCAUGUCGCGACGCGACGAUGCGCUUCUGCCACCUAGAGGCCAGUCGUAGUCAGUGCUGCCGAUUGUUAUUCUGUCCUUUUUUUUUUUUUUUAAAAACCGACUUAUUUUGACGAAUAUACCGAAUAGAUUUCCACAAUAAUGCGACAGCGUCGAACCGAGCGGGUUAUUAGGAACACGUGAGGUCAAUUCUCAGUCACUUUAAGAAAGUAUUUUCAUGAGAUUUUGUAUUGGAGGGAUUCAUGAGUUGGUUGGUUAGUCAUCGUUGGCUUCGAUCCGAGUCCCAGCUGAUGCCUCAGCUCCUCCCCCUCUCACCAGUCUCACUAAUAUUGAUUCCACUUUUGGAUGAAGAAAAUCCAGGACUAAUCCAAGGAAAACAUCUCUGUAAAUGUUUGAUCCGGCCACACACUUAAGUGUGGUCAGCGCCGACUCGGCAGCUUCUUGCUCGGCGGCGCUCAAAGGCUGUUUCCAUGGCGACGAGCAGCCAGCAGGAACCAAAAGUCUGAAGUCUGCGCUCGCCGUUUGUUUGAGAUGUGGAGGGGCAGGUGACCGGCGCGGUGGAGGACGGACCUGACGACUCUGGACUUGUCGUGCAGAGGUUCACAUGGAAGCAUCGCCGCCGCUGUGGACCCUCACGUCUGCUUCCUAUGACCCACACGAAGCCUCAGCAGUGGCUGCAGGUGGUCGGACAUGCAGGGAACUUCCAUGUGGGAGAGUUUGGGCGUCUGCUGAAGAGGUUCUGUCUGAGGGAGCAGCAGUGCUACCAGAGGCUGAUGGACGACUGCCUCAGGCCCUUUGUUCCCACCUACUACGGCGUGGUGCAGCGGGACCAGCUGGACUACAACAUGAUGGAUAACCUGCUGACCUUCUUCAACUCACCCUCCAUCAUGGACUGCAAGAUGGGCAGCCGCACCUACCUGGAGGAGGAGCUGCAGACGGCGCAGGAGCGUCCGCAGCCUCGCCGCGACAUGUUCCAGAAGAUGGUGGCGGUGGAUCCGGCGGCCCCCACUGAGCAGGAGCGGGAGCAGCAGGCGGUGCUGAAGACGCGCUACAUGCAGUGGCGCGAGAGCCUCAGCUCCACCACCACCCUGGGCUUCCGCGUGGAAGGCUUCCGGAAGUCCAGCGGGGAGUGUCACACCAACUUCAAGAAGACCAGGAGCAGGGAGCAGGUGAUGGCAGCGCUGGAGGCCUUCGUGGACUCCAGCUCCAGCCUGGUGCAGGGCUAUCUGAAGCGGCUGGAGCACCUGCGGCAGGCCCUGGAGGAGUCCCGCUUCUUCAGGACUCACGAGGUGGUGGGAAGCUCCCUGCUGUUCGUGCACGACUGGACGGGCAGAACCGGUGUCUGGAUGAUCGACUUCGGCAAGACGGUGCCUCUGCCGCCCCCUGGCACGCUGGACCACCGGACCCCCUGGGUGCAGGGGAACCAUGAAGACGGCUACCUCUGGGGCCUGGACAACCUCAUCGACCUGCUGACAGACAUGCUGCAGCUGAAGACCUCCAAGACCUGAGGCCCACUUACAAGUUACCAAUGGAUCCUGAGACUCAGCGCUUGUUAAGCCCCGCCCUCUUCUCCUGACGGUUCCUCAUGUUCUGAAUCCAUGACCUUUGACCUCAGUGUUUGAGGCUGUGAUGUGGUGCUGCAACUGUGAUGCCAAAAUCUUCUUUUCUGUCUGAAAG